CGCAUCACAAUGCCCUUUCGUCUCCAACAUCAACCAGUACAAAUGUUUAUUCAUUUCCCCUACUCAUUUGAACGCUAACAUUGAAGCCAAAAGAGUACCCAGCAAUAGCAGAAAAGGUCUCAAUAAUCCAAACACCCAACAUACAACCAUGUCUUCUUCAAAGCUCUUUACAACGGCCCUAGCCCUCCAAAACUACUUCCCCUCCUUCUCCCUCUUCUCCUCCCCCGACCCCACCAACGGUUUCGUCCAAUACCAAAACCUCUCCUCAGCAGCCUCGCACUCUCUCCUCGGCUACCUCUCCCCCCACAACUCCAUAUACCUCGGCGUAGACCACACAACCAAAGACGUCUCCGGCCGCGCCUCGUUGCGCCUCGAGAGCAACAAAAGCUGGAAUCGAGGGUUGCUGGUCGUCGAUAUCCGGCACAUGCCUGCAUCGCAAUGUGGGACUGGAGCUGGCGAGUUCACGGGUACGAUGGUGACGGGGAAUUGGGAUGUCGAUGCCCCCGGCCAGGGAAAGAAUGCGGGAUGCUCGAUUCGCGCGCCGGAGAGCGGGGAUGGUAUGGGUGGGGCGCAGGUUCCGUCGUAUGUGACGGAGUUUAACGAUGCGAAGGGUGGGGUGUAUGCUAUGGAGUGGGCGGAAUCGAGUAUCUCGGUGUGGUUUUUUCCUCACGAUUCGCCUGGGUACACUGAGUAUUUCUCGCAGUCGAACGCUACAGCUGUUACGUCGCCGGAUCCGUCUACUUGGGGCCCGCCGAUGGCGCGGUUUAGCGGCUCAGGGUGCGAUUUCAGCGAGCGCUUUGUGGAUAUGAAAAUUGUGUUCAACACGGCAUUGUGUGGUGAGUAG